AUGGAACAUAGCAUCGAGGAAUUGAGAAAGAUAUAUGCUGAACUGUGUGCCACCGAAGCCAAGAGAACGACCCUGGUUGAGGGCCUUUUUGCGCAUAUUGACGGUCUGCAGCUUGAGCUGAAAGAAUCGAAAUGUCAAACCGAGGAGUAUAAAAGGCUUUAUGAUUCCUACCGGGGCGAUUAUCUGGAGUCCGAGAAACAAUACCAGGCCGCCAAGUUAAAUUAUGUCUCUGUCUUGAUUGACGGAGAUAGUAUGAACUUCCAAGAAUCCUUGGUCCGAGGCGAAGAAUCGGGCGGGAACAAGGCGGCGCAUCUGCUGAUCGAAACCAUACAAACCCAUCUGCGUACAGUUGAUCAGGAUAUCUCACCCGAUAUAUCAAUCAGGAUUCGUGUAUACGCCAACGUCGAAGGUCUUUCCAAGGCAUAUCGCUGUUCCCAGAUCUUGGAAAGCGAUAGUUCCAUGAGAGCAUUUAUUCAUGGCUUCAAUAAGGAUAAUAGACUGUGUGAUAUCGUGGAUGUGGGCUAUGGAAAGGAGUGUGCUGAUCGUAAGCUGGAAGCUCUCUUUGUACAAGACAUUCGUGAUGUUCACUGCCGUCGGGUCAUAUUCUGCGCCUCGACAGAUAAUGGCUAUGCGCGUGUCCUCAAGCCGUAUCUGGAGUCUGGGCGUAUCUCACUCGGUGAAGGACCACCAUUUGCGCGUGAGAUGCAAGGUCUGGCAGAAACCCUACCCGUCGUGUCUCUCGGAGAUGUUUUUAUGGAAGAAAAGCUCAAGUCCGAGCGACGCGGGUCCUUUGGUACCUUCGAAACGGCAGACACUCCACCACGAACCCCGACACGGAGCUACGCAUUGGCCGCCGCGAGGGCAGCCCUUUCGCCCCAGCCGGUGUCGCCGCUUAUGACAACCACGCCGGCUUCCACCGCUACGCUGAAAGGCUUUGAUGCGAAGGUGUUCCUGAAUGCCAAAGGCCAACGGGUCGACCGAAGUCUGACGUACCCUAAUCAUGUCGCCGCGCAGUUGAGGCGUGAGAAGCUGUGUAACAGGUUUCACCUCCUGGGAGACUGCUCUUAUGGCGAUCAAUGCACCCACAAGCAUGGAGAGUCACUGUCUCAAGAGCAGAGAGUAGCCCUCACCGCUAUUGCUAGACAGUCCGUCUGCACUAUGGGAUUUGCGUGCAGGGAUGAGAAGUGUACCUCGGGCCAUCGGUGUCCGAGGGAAGGUUGUUCCGGGCGGGACUGCAGGUUUCCUGCUUCUAUGCACAACGUGGAUACCAGGGUCGUUUAA